ACCCUCCCCGGCGGCUCUCGCCGGCCCCCGCCUGGCUGCGCGGCCGCUCCUCCCUCGGCGCCUCCCGCAGCGGCGCGGCCGCCGGGUCCCUCCCAUCCAAGAUGGCGGAGAGUCUCCCCGAGCAUGAUCGGAUCCUGCAGGAGAUCGAGAGCACCGACACGGCCUGCGUGGGACCCACCCUGAGGUCUGUAUAUGAUGACCAACCAAAUGCACAUCAGAAGUUUAUGGAAAAACUUGAUGCCUGCAUACGUAACCAUGACAGGGAGAUAGAAAAGAUGUGCAAUUUUCACCAUCAGGGCUUUGUGGAUGCUAUUACAGAACUUCUUAAAGUUAGGGCUGAUGCAGAAAAACUAAAGGUCCAAGUUACUGAUACCAACCGAAGGCUUCAGGAUGCUGGGAAAGAGGUGAUAGCCCAAACAGAGGAAAUCAUCCGAUGUAGAGUUCAACAGCGGAAUAUUACAACAGUUGUGGAAAAACUACAGUUGUGUCUUCCAGUGCUGGAAAUGUACAGCAAACUAAAAGAACAGAUGAGUGUAAAAAGAUACUAUUCCGCUUUGAAAACAAUGGAGCAGCUAGAGAAUCUGUAUCUUCCUAGAGUUAGCCAAUACCGCUUUUGCCAGAUAAUGAUGGAAAAUCUUCCAAAACUGCGUGAAGAAAUAAAAGAAAUAUCCAUGUCAGAUCUGAAGGAUUUCUUAGAGAGUAUUCGAAAGCAUUCUGACAGAAUUGGGGAAACUGCCAUGAAACAGGCACAGCAGCAGAAAACCUUUAGUACUGCUCUUCAGAAGCAGAAUAAUGUAAACUAUGGUCGGAAUAUGCAUUUAGGUAGAAACAGGAUUUUGGAAUCCAAGAAUGAAAUCACAUUGAAGCGAACAUUUGAAGAUGAGGAUGAACAUGAAGAAGAGGUUUUAACUGUCCAAGAUCUUGUAGACUUUUCUCCGGUCUAUAGGUGUUUGCACAUCUACUCCGUUUUGGGUGAUGGAGAAAUAUUUGAAAAUUACUACAGAAAACAAAGGAGGAAACAAGCAAGAUUAGUUCUGCAGCCACAGUCAAGCAUGCAUGAAACAGUAGAAGGCUAUAGAAGAUACUUCAGUCAAAUUGUAGGUUUCUUUGUAGUAGAAGACCACAUUUUACAUGUAACCCAAGGAUUGGUAACUCGGACAUACACUGAUGAACUCUGGAACAUGGCCCUUUCCAAGAUCAUUGCUGUUCUUAGAACACAUUCAUCAUAUUGCAGCGAUCCUGACCUUGUUCUGGAACUGAAGAAUCUCAUUGUAGUAUUUGCUGAUACUUUGCAGGGCUAUGGUUUUCCUGUGAACCGAUUAUUUGAUCUUUUAUUUGAAAUAAGAGACCAAUACAAUGAAACACUUCUUAAAAAGUGGUCUGGAUUGUUCAGGGAUAUUUUUGAAGCAGACAACUACAGCCCUAUCCCUGUAGCAAAUGAAGAGGAAUACAGAAUUGUUAUAAGCAAAUUUCCUUUUCAAGAUCCAGAACUUGAUAAGCAAUCCUUUCCAAAGAAGCUUCCAAUGUCUCAGUCAGUGCCUCAAAUUUACAUGCAGGUGAAGGAAUUUAUUUAUGCAAGCCUUAAGUUUUCAGAGUCACUUCAUCGCAGUUCAACAGAAAUAGAUGAUAUGCUCAGAAAAUCUACAAAUUUGCUGCUUACAAGAACUCUAAGUAGUUGUUUACAGAACCUAAUUAAAAAACCUCAUAUAGGUUUAACAGAGCUUGUUCAAAUCAUCAUAAACACAACACACUUGGAGCAAGCCUGUAAAUACCUUGAGGAUUUUAUAUCUAACAUUACAAAUAUUUCACAAUUGACUGUUCACACUGCAAGACUUUAUGGACUUUCUACAUUUAAGGAUGCAAGGCAUGCUGCAGAAGGAGAAAUAUAUACAAAACUUAACCAAAAAAUAGAUGAAUUUAUUCAGAUUGCUGAUUAUGAUUGGACAAUGUCUGAGUCAGAUGGAAGAGCCAGUGGAUACUUAAUGGACCUAAUUAACUUUUUAAGAAGCACGUUUCAAGUUUUCACUCAUUUACCUGGAAAAGUGGCCCAGACAGCUUGCAUGUCAGCCUGCCAGCAUCUUUCAAUGUCCCUAAUGCAGAUGCUACUGGACAGUGAAUUAAAACAAAUAAGCAUGGGAGCAAUUCAGCAGUUUAAUUUAGAUGUGAUACAGUGUGAAUUGUUUGCUAGUUCUGAGCCUGUGCCAGGAUUCCAGGGAGACACCCUGCAGUUAGCUUUCAUCGACCUCAGACAACUCCUGGACCUCUUCAUGGUGUGGGACUGGUCCACCUACCUGGCUGACUACGGGCAGGCCACCUCCAAGUACCUGCGGGUCAACCCCAGCACGGCCCUCACGCUCCUGGAGAAAAUGAAAGACUCCAGCAAAAAGAACAACAUUUUUGCUCAGUUCAGGAAGAAUGACCGUGACAAGCAGAAGCUAAUAGAGACUGUAGUAAAGCAACUUAGGAGUUUAGUGAAUGGUAUGUCCCAGCACACAUAGGCCACUUAAAUCGACAGUAUCUCAUCACACCAAGAGAUGUUUCUUAUCCACUAUUUCUACUAAGCAAAUGGUGAUACCAGUUAGGACUUUUGUUUAACCGAGAAAAGGAAAAAUGCAGUAGAUAGAUUGUACAUGUAGUCUUCAACAAACAAUUCUUUGUACGUAUUUUUAAUGGGUCGAAUACUAUUUUGUAUAUUGUAAACAAAUGGUGAAAAAUAAGGUUGUACAAUAAAAACCAGCGCAAUCGUAUUGUACAUGGAACUGCUGAACUGUAAAUAUGUUAUUUAAAUAUCUGCAGAUAUGGUGUCCAAAAUUUUGUUCUGAGUAGGAAUAAUUUGAGAAAUGAUCCCUUAGUUGCUGUUUUCUGGCUGAAUUCUAAUUUAAUGUUUUUAAGCAUUGAGAUACUUGUGUUUCAGAUGCUGCUUAUUGUUUUCCUGCAGUAAAUGUCUAUUAGCCCUAAAGUGAUUGGACAUAAUUUUACCAAUAUACCAGGUUUUGUAGUCUGGAGGUAUGAAAAGGUCUUCUGAUUUUUAGUACCUUUGAAAACUACCUGAGAACUAGACUUGAUAUCUAUUUAGCAUUAGGAUUUACAGGCUUUGUUCCCCAAAAGGGUUUAAUCUUGAGGUUGUGAAUGUAAAUAACCAUUUGAUUUCUUUAUAAUGUGACAUGUUGUUUCGUUUUGGUUUUGUUCCUCAGGGUUGCUAUUUCUAACUGUACUUUUGUAAGAUCUCGGGUUCUUUAUCCCAGGUUGCAGUAAGGAAUAGGUUUGCCGCUGUUGGUUUCGUGCCGCAUCUGUUUGUUAGUUCGCGCUUUCUCCUGCCAGCCCCAUCCCAGCGAUUAGCAUUUUGUCCCACUACCGGUCUCUUUGCACUGUCCCCUCUGGCUGUUUUAGACACUAAGAGAAUGUCUAACAAAUACAAACCAAAUGGAACGUGUAAAAAUAAUGUACAUUUUCGCUGUAUUUUUAAGUUAUUGACGGUCUAAAUACAGUAAUAGAAACCUCA